CCGCGAUACCAACAAAGCCCAUUUCUUUUUGCUGCCGCCACCAAAAAGAAACAAACAACUACACUUUUUAUUACCAGGGAAUGGUUCAACUCGGCAGGAACAGGUCCUUGCCCGCACCAACAAGUUAUGGAGCACCACUUCGGAAGGUCAAAACAAAUGUCUUCUCAUUUCCGACUCUCAAUUUGACCAGAACUUCUAGUGAGAGGAGCUUUGCGACCAUCAAUGAGAAAGGCUCCACCUCACGAUCCUCCUCAAAAUCCCGCUAUUCUGGAUCACAUGCUCAAGUCCCUCUGGCGCCCAUCAUCACUGCAAUUCAAAAGGGUAACUUUGUGAUGUUGUCUGAGAUGGACCUGGAUGUUCUCGUCAAAGAUAUGACUGGCAAAGAUUCCAAGGUUCUCGAGGCGCUCAACAUCACAUCCUCGUCGGUCUCGAUAUCUGAUGCAAAGAUCUUGGCUAAAUUGAUAAAGUCUUCAGAUGCUCUCAACAUUAAGUCACUCAAAAUGGAGGGUAAUAUGAUCAGUCAGCAGGCCAGCAAGUUGAUGUUUGAAGCAUGGAAAUUUAACAAGACCAUUUCAACACUGAGUUUGGCACGAUCAGGUGUGAAUGACAAGACGAUCAAGUACCUGGCACGCGUCAUAGUAAAGAAUGAGUCUCUAAAAACAUUGGACCUAUCUGGUAACCUAAUCACCUCAGAGGGAGCUGAGAUUUUGGCUGAAGCCAUGAUUCAUAAUCGUGGUGUAACACGAUUAUGUUUACAAUCCAACAAAAUCAAAAAAGCUGGAGCUCCGUUCAUUGCCAAAAUUCUAUCCAAAAACAGGGUCAUUCGGCACAUGAACAUUGGAUCCAAUGGACUGGGAGUUGAGGGUAUCAUACACAUUGCAGAGGCGGUCAGGUUUAAUCGGACAUUAUACUCCUUGAGCUUGGAUAUGAACGAGAUGGGACCCAAGGGCGCCUCAGCCAUUGCUACAGCUUUGAUCUCUAAUCGACACCUGACUCAUUUGUACAUACCACACAAUAAUAUUGGUGACAAGGGCCUGGCAGACAUUUGUGAGAGUCUCAAGAAGAACCAAUAUCUUAUCAGUCUUGACUUAGAACUCAAUAACAUAGGCCAGGGACAAUCGGCUGUGGGACUGAAAGCACUAGCAGACGUUCUUAAAAUCAAUACGACCCUCCGUGAACUCAACUUGUCGUAUAACUUGUUCUCUUCGGACGCAGUUAAGGAGCUGACCGCUGGAAUGGCAAUGAACUCAACAUUGGAGAGUGUCGUUUUUACCAACUGUUGUCUAUCGACUGAUGCAGCGAUUUAUCUCUCCAAGGUCUUGUCUACCCCAACAGGGCUUCAAAACCUGGGUUUGAUCAAUAAUCCAGAUAUUGGAGUGGACGGUUACUGGGCUCUGGCUUCGCAUCUUAUUAAAAACCGGUCCCUUAAAGGAAUUCAAUUGGACUACAACUCUGAGGAUCGUCAGGCACUUUACGAAACCUUCCAGAACUCAUUGACCAGGAACCAUAUCUGGCAACAGGCCAUUUACGCAGCCGCCUGUCGUAUCCUGGUCCUUUCCAGAAUUGUUCUUUUGGGCCGUCCUGCAAACCAGAAACAACUUCAUCUUCAACAGCAGCAUCAUAUCCAACAACACAACAAUCAGCACUAUCAUGGAUGGAACAUCUUUCGACGUGUUAAAUUGGGCAGAAGUAACUCAUCUAACUCAUUGGCCUCAUUGUUGUCAAUUGGGAAAAGCGGUGCUAGCCAUCUGGGAAAUGGAAAUCAUGUUGCUCCACAGUCUAACGGUGCAGAUGGCGAUGGUGCUGAAGGAGAAGUUGGGUCUAAUAUGAGUCACGAUAACUCAACAUCACGACAAUCUUCAAGUUCGCGUCACUUACAUAGAGGAUCAAUAUCGAGCUUUUCGACCAUUGCUGAUCAUCAUCAUCACCCUCACCAUCACCAACAGAACAAGCAAAGUCACAUACUUUCAAACUCGACCGUGACCACACCAGUGGAGCCAACAGCAAUCGAGUACAAUCCGCAUAGGAUUUUGGCCAACCUAGUAAACAUGCCUCACGAGAUCUUUGAGAACAUUUGUGCGUUUAUGGAUCCAGGCCGUACCAUGAGCAUUGCCCAAGUGCGUGCAACUGUUCAAGCUGCCGGCGAUAGGAAAACAUUAGCGCGUUAUUAUACCCGAGAGAAGAUGUUGGAGCGGAUCUUCAACAGUCGCUAUAUCUCGCCCAAUGGCACACGCUAUGGCCUCAAACCGGGCGAUGAGCGAAUCUAAGUCCAAAGGAAAAGAAAGAUGAUUCAUUUCUGUCUUUCUAGUUUUAUUUUAUUUUUUUAUUAUUUUCGAGCUUGUAUUUUUUUUUUUUUUUGCAUCCACCUUUCUUUCAGUCUUUGCUUUUUUUCUUUUUCUUUUUUUUUUAACUUGUUGCAUACAAAAAACACUCCUUGGCAUAAUCUACAACUCAUAUACUCGUACACGAUAAAAAAAAAAUA